UCAAAGCUUACAGGGGCGUCACCGCUUGGCCGCCAUGGGUUUAGGUAGCAGCGCUCCGAUUCCACCACAGACCUCGUCUCGCAUCCCCCUGUCGGUACCUGCUCGUGGAACAGUUGUCUUGGAGCCGUCAGGAGGAAGCAUGGUGCCAACGACGAGGGGGAGGUGUUGAUAGUUGCAGUGGCCGGAUACAUAUAGUUUGAGCGAAAGAGGACAACACACAUUGGGAAAAUGGCGCAGCGGCAGAUUCAGAGGAGGCAGCGGUACACAAAGAAGCACAUCUUUUCCGAUGAGAAGAUUCAAGAGUUGAAUGACACAUUCAAGAUGUUCGACAAGAAUGGAGACGGCAUGAUCACGACAGACGAGCUCGGCAGCGUGAUGAUCUCCCUGGGGCAGAGACCCACUAUACAGGAGAUCCGUGGCUUCAUCAGGGCCGUGGACACCGACAAAAGCGGGUCUAUAGAUUUUGAUGAGUUUCUCGACAUCUUUGCCCGGAAAGUGACGAUGGACCCCGAGAAAGAACUCCGUGAAGUAUUCCGCGUUUUUGACAAGGAUAAAGAUGGAUUUAUCUCCCCUACCGACCUGUUCGAGAUACUCUCUAAAUUAGGAGAGAAGAUCAGUCGGAGAGAAGCGGAGGAGAUGGUGAGGGAGGCUGACCUCAACAAGGACGGAAAGGUAGACUACUCUGAGUUUAAGGCUAUAUUAACAUCGCGAUAACCUGGACUUGUUGAUGUGGCGGGACACACAUACAUUAAGAGCCUGCCGAUCAAGAAAAGAAUUGCUUGUCAGAGUGAACCCUCUACCUGCUGCCUCUCAGCAUCUUCUGAUACUUGUUCGUCAACAAUGUGCAUUUACAGACGGGUUGUUUGUCAACAAUGUGCAUUUAUUGACGGGUUGCUUGUCAACAAUGUGCUUUUUCAGAGGGGUUGCUUGUCAACAAUGUGUAUUAACAGUCGGGUUGCUUGUCAACAAUGUGUAUUUAUUGACAGGCUGCUUGUCAACACUGUGUAUUUAAAAAACGGGUUGCUUGUCAACAAUGUGCUUUUUCAGAGGGGUUGCUUGUCAACAAUGUGUAUUAACAGUCGGGUUGCUUGUCAACAAUGUGUAUUUAUUGACAGGCUGCUUGUCAACACUGUGUAUUUACAAACGGGUUGCUUGUCAACAAUGUGCUUUUUCAGAGGGGUUGCUUGUCAACAAUGUGUAUUAACAGUCGGGUUGCUUGUCAACAAUGUCUAUUUAUUGACUGGCUGCUUGUCAACGAUGUGCAUUUAUUGACAGGUUGUUUGUCAACAAUGUGCAUUUAUUGACGGGUUGCUUGUCAACAAUGUGCAUUUAUUGACAGGUUGCUUGUCAACAAUGUGUAUUUAUUGACUGGCUGCUUGUCAACAAUGUGCAUUUAUUGACAGGUUGUUCGUCAACAAUGUGCAUUUAUUGACGGGUUGCUUGUCAACAAUGUGCAUUUAUUGACAGGUUGUUUGUCAACAAUGUGCAUUUAUUGACGAGUAUUAUUGAUGGUGUUCGUGAGUAGCGGAGUAAUGCCUCUUGCACUGCUUCCUUACACGGACUGUUCCAUGAUGAAUGGAAGGCCUCCACUGGACCUGAAGAUUUGCUACCUUUGAGAUGUGUAUGGUCCAACCAAUAAUACACAAGUUAAUAUUGUCUGAACAUUGUGUAUAUACUCAAGGGCAAAAGUAACUGUGAUCAAACACAUUUUGUCGGACGCAAUACUAAACUGACGGCAUGAAAGCAUGCACUUGAACCGUUGAUUUGACCAAAACACUACAAACGUUAUCAAAACGUUACUAAGCUAACACAACUAAAGGUCCAAAACAACUGUGAUACCCGCAUCAAAUACAUCACCACAAAUAACCAUUUCUUAUUUGUUUCAUUUUUUAGCCACCAUCAAACAUGGGUGCAUGCUUUCUUUUGCUCGGUAGUGUAUAAUAAUCAUGAAGAUUUAACACAUUUACGAAGCCAACUUUUGCCUCAUGUAUCUUGUAGGCUUUAGAUCAAGGGACAAAGUGAGAUUGUGAGUCUUGUUGUUCUAAACCACGUGACACAUAUAACAGUAUCCUUGCAUUUGAUUUGCGUGGAUAGAUGCUCUUGGUGUCAAUCACUGGAUUGCCUGGUCCAGACUCGAUGAUUUACAGACCGCAAUCACAUAGCUGGAUUAUUGCUGAGUGCGGCGUUAAACAUCAAAGAAACAAACGAACUGAAUCUUCACGCUACAUGUUCCUACUAGUUGCCUAAAUAUAUAUACUACCGACAGAAAUAGGGGACCUGAUGAAAUGACAGUGUAAUGACGAUAAAUGUCUCUGAAAUCAAUGUCGGGCAUGCAGAUCAAUAUCUGGUGUGUCCACCAUAAAUGCACGACACCUUGAUGGCACACUAUAGGGGUAACGCUAUUUUUCAGGGCAUUUAUCAUUUGCAGAAGCCCGAGGGCAGUUGAAAAGACCGAGGGCUUCGGCAAAUUAUAAUGCCCUGAAAAAUAGCGUUACCGUUAAUAUAUCUAU